GCUCGGCAGAAGUCAAAAAGCUUCCGACAAACGACGAAAGAUCGCCAAUUCUGUAGCCGAAAAGAUACCCUUUGCCAAAGAGAAUAAUUGGUAUCCUAUCUUGCUUCUUCUAUUAUUCCAGAUCAUAGCACUGGUCAGUACUAGUACGGUACCGGUAGCUGGUCAUCACUGUGUAUUGCAUUGCUGACUUGACUUGACUUGACUUGACACAAGAGAGGCAAAAGGACGAAUCUAUAGAACUAGCUACGGUAGCUAGCUAGAUAUAGGUAUAUCUACUCUACUAGCAAAAUAAUGGCGGACGCCCAACCCGAGGACCUUGUGGAAACGGUGGAGAAAAAGGUGCCGGAUGUCUUGCCCACAGAUACUGGUACAGACGAUGACAAUGACAAUGAUGUGAUUCACAUUACGACGGACAAGAACGAAGAUGCCUCGGCCAAUGUGCAUCACAUGAGUGUUCCACAGGAAGAAUCCGAAAUCAAGUACGGCUUGGCCACCAAUGCCAUGUUUCCAUCGCAUCAUCAUCAUCAUCCUUCCAUGGGCGAUUUGGCCGACAUGGUAUUGCCGCACCAAGUAGCCGCCAAGACGGAACAUUUCCUAGAAGAUGUCCUCGAGGAAAUUGCUCAAGUCUUGGCAACGAGUCGUCGUGGCCGCGGCGAUUUGGCCACGCCCGAUUUUCUCACACCACUCAAUGACUUGAUUCUCAGUGAUUUGGUCAAUCUCGUAUCGCCCGUCAAUACCCGAAAUCGCAUUCUGCAAAUUGGGCUAGGCAGUGUGGUAUUGCUGGCAUUUGCUGCCCAUACAUUUCCUUCCUACCAAGCAUUUCUGGCCAUCCUUGCCGUCGUUGGCAUGGUCUACCGCAAUCGACGCGUCUUUUACGCCUACGACAAACCGUGGAUGGAUCCCACUACUCCUGCCUUGAAACGAUUGCCCAUGCAUGUGCCGUUGCGGUUGUUUGCAUCAGAAGCAAAUGCUCGAAGAGCCGCCUGUUUGCCACAAUUGGUCGCCAUGACCACAACUACUACCGAAAGCACUACUAACAAAGAUGAAGAAUCCCAACUGGCCCCCAACAUUUGGAAACUGGACGACCGCAAUCCCGAAACCACUCCCUGGAAAUUUCAACUCAAAGAUACCGUCGAGGACGCACUGGAAAUGGUACAGUCGUCAACACAACAAAAUAAUAGUAAUCAUUGGAAGCCCAUGGACGUGCCGUCCAAUUGGAUGAUGCGAGGCUACGAUCAGUGCAUUUACACCAAUCAGGUAUACCCCAUUCCCUGCAAUCCACCCAUUGUACCACACAAAAAUCCAACGGGUGUCUACCAACGAAACUUUGACAUGCCCGACACGUGGUUACACGAUACGGGAAAUUCCAGUAAGGAUGCAUCCUCGUUUGCGCUGCUCUUGCAUGGCAUGGAAUCGGCCUGUUAUGUCUUUCUCAAUGACCAACAAAUUGGUUUCACCAAGGAUUCGCGAUUGCCGGCCGAAUUUGACAUUACACCAGCACUGCGCUCUCACAACAAUACUCUCACGUUGGUCGUCAUUCGAUGGUCCGAUGGAACCUACGUCGAAGAUCAAGAUCAUUGGUGGAUGGCCGGCAUUCAUCGAUCCGUCGAAAUUGUACGACGACCACAAGGCGCCAACAUGAUGGAUUAUCACGUGCACGCCGAUGCCAAUGGACGAUUCAAAGUGGCCGUGCAAUUGUCAUGUGACGCUAACAAUAAUUCGAACCAAACAACAGCAAGAAUUGUGGCACGACUCUAUCAAGACCAACAACUGACACCGGAUGGCAGCGAAUGGAAACCGGGGCCCUUGGUGUGGACGGGAUCCAAACCAGUGGUCCAAACGGAAGGAGCGAUGAUGAUCGAAUUGGGAGGCAAACUCGCUCAACCGCAACUGUGGACGGCCGAAACACCUCAUCUCUACACACUCACCGUGACACUGGAAGAAAACGACAGUCCAGGUAAUGGCCAAGACAAAGUACUACAGGUGGAAUCCUGUCGGGUUGGAUUUCGAACGGUGGAAAUUGAAAACGGACUCGUAUUGGUCAAUGGCAAGAAAAUCACCAUUUGUGGUGUCAAUCGACACGAACAUGAUCCAGAUCAUGGAAAGGUCGUCUCCCAUGAGAGCAUGAAAUUGGAUAUCGAAAUUCUCAAACGCAACAACUUUAAUGCCAUUCGAACCAGUCACUACCCCAACGAUUCGGCCUUUUAUCGCUACUGUGAUUACUAUGGCAUGUAUGUUUGUGAUGAAGCCAACAUUGAAACACAUGGAUUCAAACCCAUGGGAAAUCUAACGCAUGAUGCCACGGGAUGGGAGAAUACCUACGUCUCGCGCAUUACGCGAUUGGUACAACGAGAUCGCAAUCAUGCCUCUGUCAUUUUCUGGUCCUUGGGAAACGAGUCGGGACGAGGAAGGAACCUCUGGAAGGCACGCAAAGAAUUACUUCAAAUCGAUUCCUCUCGACCCAUCUGUUACGAGGGUGGGGGAGCAAUGGUGGAAGGAACCGGGCUGAGCGAAUUGACCGAUGUCAUUUGUCCCAUGUAUCCCAAUGUCGCCCGAACGGUGGGUCUGACCAAAAUUGAACACGAUGAACGACCGAUCAUCUUGUGUGAAUACAGCCACUCCAUGGGCAAUUCCAAUGGCAACCUGAGCUGGUACUGGAGGUACUUUUGGGAUGACGAGUACCCAAGGCUGCAGGGUGGGUACAUCUGGGAUAUGAUUGAUCAAGGUAUUCGCCAGCCUGAUACCAAGAACGGCAAAGGAUUCUACUUUGCCUAUGGAGGAGACUUUGGAGAAGCAAUACACGAUCGUCAAUUCUGUAUCAAUGGUAUUUUCUCCCCAGACCGAAAACCGCAUCCAGCUGUUGCAGAACUCAAGUACUUGAUGCAACCCGUCGAAAUAUCGCUCCCAGUACCAACAAUUGACAAAACAAUCCGCAUUGCCGUCUCGAAAACGUCUGCCGGCGAGAUUACUCUCAAGUUCAAGAACCGCUAUGCUUUUCGGGAUUUAUCGCAUCUAGAGUGGAGCUGGAAACUGACCAGCAAUCGUUCGACCGCAGAUGUGGCGUCGGGUACCAUCAAUCUACUGGGCGAUGAAGAACGAGAAAGUGUCAGCAUCAGUCUGGACCGUGCCCUUGAAAGCAUCCGCAACCUCGAAAAGACCAAAAGUACCAAGCGAGGCAAUUCCUACUUUCUGACUGUCACCGGUGCGCUCCGCAACGCUACCGUCUGGGCCGAGGCUGGCCAUGAGCUAGUCACGGAGCAGUUUCCGGUCGAGUUCUUCUUUGACAAGGAGACCAUGACAGUAAAGAAAAGCUGGGUAUUUGAUCCAGUUGGACAGAGUGCAACCUUGUCCGUGUCGCAAGAUGACGACAAGAUCACCGUAUUUCGGCAAGUUGGUGCAACAACUAAAGCACCGCACGUCGAUAUCUGCAAGAAGACGGGGGCAAUCUUGUCGAUCAUGUCUCGGAAUAACAACAAUCUGCUGUCGCCAAAUCAGAGCUUGGUACCGCAAUACACAAGAGCUGCGACGGACAACGAUCGGGGUGGAAUGGAACUGAUGCUUUCGUUUCUGUACCCAGAUAGUGGUCUGGAAGAAUUAUGGACAAGGGUGUACGGCAUUGCAACCUUUUCCUAUUACUUUCGUUGGAAGAUGGCUGGGUUGGAUCAGGCGAGACCGCCUCGGCCUGAAUGCAAAGGUACCCAGGUUAUCGAAACGACGGACAAGCACAAAGUUGACGUUGAGGCUAUUGUAAGCAUCACCAAAGGCGACAACACGAAGAAGGAGCUGGUACGACAAAAGCUUAUCUACCACAUCUACAUGGACGGACGGGUUCUGGUUUCGACCAAAGUGAUCCCACGCCCCUGCUUGUCAGAGUGUCAUUCGCUGCCUCGUGUGGGCAUGUCACUGUCACUGGACAAAUCGCUCUACAGAAUCAAGUACUUUGGGCGGGGUCCUUUUGAGAACUACGACGACCGCAAGGCAGCAUCUCAAAUUGGAGUUCACGAGACUACCCCAAAGGACAUGGCGUAUCACUACAUAUAUCCGGUUGAAAAUGGCAAUCGGUCGGAUUGCGAGUGGGUAACCUUCACCAAUGCCUCCAACGGCGAAGGCGUCUGUUUUGCUUCCCACGGGCGAGACGAGAAAGGAAGUCGAUCUUCCUUCCAUUUUAGUGCGCUUCUGCACGGUUCUUCUGAACUGGACCAGGCCAAGCAUACCUGCGACUUGGAGCAUCGUGACAAUGGUGAACACCCCAUUAGAGUGAAUCUUGAUCACAGGCUGAUGGGAGUAGGAGGAGAUGUAAGCUGGUUCCCUUGCGUGUACGACGACUACCUUGUCAAAUCAGAGAAGGAAUACAAGUACAGCUUUUGGAUCAUUCCUAUCGAUGCUGGAGAUGACGCAGCAUCUCUGGCCAGGGAGAUGUCAUGAAACCGGCUGACACAAAGCGAGGCUGUUGGCUUGAUCUAGCUAGUACAACUAAAACCGAUAACAGUAACAACAACGCUAGCUAAACCCG